AUGGCCAGUCCUAUGGCAACGGAAACAUUUGAGCAGAUCCAGACACGGCAUCGUCGUGAGCUCAAGGACCUGCAAGGUCGCAUAACGGGAAAGAAGAAGAAUGCCACAAAGAAGACGCGCAAAGGCGUCAAUGACGAGUGUGCAGAGAUGGAACGUCAGCUGCGUGAAAAGCAAGCCACCGAGAUCGCCGCUCUGAACAACAGCGCUGAUAACAACAGCGUCCAAGGCGAAAGCGCUACCGCUGAAGCUCAAGACCAGCUCCAGGAAGACAUUUUAGUGAAAGACACCGAGAAGCUCUCUGUCUCUGAAACGGAACAACAGCAGCAGCAGCCGGGAAAGAAGCGCAAUCGUCAGAAAGAGCGGCUUGCCCGACGUGCUGCUGAGCAAGAGGCUGAGGCCCAGCGUGCAGAAGAGGAAGCGUCCAAUAUGACCAAUCACCGAGCCAAGGAGAGCGAAUAUAUGAAGUCGACGUUUGAGAAGCAUGGGCUUGUGGAGAAAGAUAUCGCGCCCGAUGGACAUUGUCUAUUUUCAGCGGUGGCGGAUCAACUCAGCCAGAAUGACAUUGCUCUCGGAGAAAGUGACACCAAGGACCCAGCAUACAAGACGGUGCGACGAGUGGCUUCAACGUAUAUGUUGGAGCAUGGAGACGACUUUGCGCCGUUCCUUGAGGAAGAUCUCCAAGACUACGCCCGCAAGAUGCGGGAUACUGCUGAAUGGGGCGGCCAGCUUGAGCUCAUGGCGCUGGCACGACAGUAUAAAGCGGAGAUCCGAGUGGUACAAGAUGGGCGCCUUGAACGUAUCGGGGAGGAAGAGGGAGCCGAGUCAGGCAAAACACUAUGGUUGGCAUACUACAGGCACGGCUACGGCUUGGGAGAGCACUACAACUCUCUCCGAAAGGCACCAUGA